GGAAUAGUUCUUCGACUCGCAGGUUGGUUGAAUAUUUCUUCCUCACGCACGCAAUAAUCCUCUUCUUGUAUCCAUUUUGUGUUUUGUACAUUGCCCAUUUCAAUUCAGGGUAGAUUGGCCUUAAACGGGUCUGCAUCUGCAUCGGCGCAUUACAACUAGACCGCUUCACGCUCUUUCUCCACCGACUCACAGCUCGUCUUCAGACUCGAGAAGAGAAAUACAUCAACAUGCUAUACGGCCGAAACCUCCCAUGGCGGCUUGCAAUUCGAAAUACCUCACGACCGGUUUCGUCUGCAAACUCUGCAACUCGGUCAAUCUCUAGUAUAUCCCAUACGAGUAGGCUUCACGCCACCUCUAUAUUAUCUCCUCGGCGGCAGCUUUACCCUCGAGCUUCGCCAACUUCGAUAUGCAGUUCUCAAUUCUCGACGAGCCCUUCAAGACGGAAGGACGCACCAAAGGAUGCAAAAGAAACGGCUGUUGAGAAGCCCAAGGAGGAGAAAGACCGGACAGAUGGGAAGGAAGUGGGGCCAGUUGAUGAGGGCGUUAUAAUUGAAGGAAAGACCAAAAGUUCUGGAUCUGCGAAGAGUGACAGUCCAGGAAGCGCUGCAGAUGGAAAGGCAAGCGCUGCUUCAUCCGGCGCUGGAGGCGAAUCUGGGAGUGGCGGCGGAGAUGGGAAAAGAGGACGAAGGUCCGAUAAGGCUAUUAUCAAGCCCGUGGUCCCAGAUGUCUAUCCUCGAGUGCUGGCGAUUCCUAUUACCAAACGACCUCUAUUUCCUGGAUUCUACAAGGCUAUGACGAUACGAGACCCAAAUGUUGUGGCUGCGAUUCAGGAAAUGAUUAAGAGGGGCCAACCAUAUGUUGGAGCGUUCUUGUUCAAGGAUGAAAACAAUGAUGGGGAUACCAUUGAAAAUAUUGAGGAUGUCCACGAUAUUGGUGUUUUUGCUCAAAUUACCAGUGCAUUUCCUGUCCAUGGAGACCAGGGCGCUCUCACGGCUGUUCUCUAUCCACACAGAAGAAUUAGGAUGUCUGAACUAAUAAACCCAGCCAAGCCUGCUGGGACAGAGGCAAAGGUCGAACCCAUUUCUACUGAGCCACCAGUUCCAGAGCCAAUACCCACCAAGCUGUCCAACGAAGAAGCGGCGCUGGAUAAGAAGGGCGAUGUAGUUGCCUCUUUCGAGGAGGGUACUAUUCAAAAAGCAGAUACACCUGCUGCACAUUAUGAGCCAACCUCAUUUUUGCGAAAAUACAACGUCUCUCUGGUCAACGUGGAAAACAUUACAGAAGAACCCCAUGACCCCAAGUCGCCCUUAAUUCGUGCGAUUACUAGCGAGAUUAUCAAUGUCUUCAAGGAAGUCGCGAAUCUUAACAGCCUAUUCCGUGAUCAGAUCUCUACAUUUUCAAUGUCUCAAACUGCAGGAAAUGUAAUGGCAGAGCCAGCUAAGUUGGCUGACUUUGCCGCUGCUGUGUCAGCCGGUGAGGAUGCCGAAUUGCAAGAGGUCCUCGAGACGCUAAAUGUCGAGGACCGUUUACAAAAAGCUCUAAUCGUACUCAAGAAAGAGCUUAUGAACGCCCAAUUGCAAUCUAAGAUCUCCAAGGAUGUUGAGCGAUCGAUCCAGAAACGUCAAAGAGAAUACUGGCUUACGGAGCAAAUGAAGGGAAUUCGUCGGGAACUAGGAAUCGAAUCAGAUGGCAAAGAUAAGCUUGUCGAAAAAUUUCGGGAAAGAGCGAUCAAAUUGGCUAUGCCUGAAGCCGUGAAGAAAGUAUUUGACGAAGAGUUGAAUAAACUUGCUCAUUUGGAGCCGGCCGCAUCAGAAUUUAAUGUCACAAGAAACUACCUGGAUUGGCUUACUCAAAUUCCUUGGGGCCAACGAAGCGCUGAGAAUUUUGGAAUCAAGAAUGCGAUGACCGUUCUUGAUGAAGAUCAUCACGGACUAAAAGAUGUCAAGGAUCGGAUUCUAGAGUUCAUUGCUGUUGGCAAACUCAGGGGCACUGUUGAGGGUAAAAUCUUGUGCUUCGUUGGUCCUCCUGGAGUGGGAAAGACAAGUAUCGGGAAAUCGAUUGCUCGUGCUCUUAACCGUCAAUACUACCGCUUCAGUGUAGGUGGUCUUGCGGAUGUCGCAGAAAUCAAGGGGCAUCGAAGAACGUAUGUUGGUGCACUACCUGGGAGAAUUAUCCAAGCAUUGAAGAAAUGUCAAACCGAGAAUCCUCUCAUUCUCAUCGACGAAAUUGAUAAGCUUGGACGUGGACAUCAGGGUGAUCCAGCAAGCGCAUUGCUGGAACUUCUUGACCCAGAACAAAAUAACUCGUUCUUGGAUCAAUAUUUGGAUGUUCCGGUUGAUCUUAGCAAAGUCCUGUUUGUCUGCACAGCAAACAUGACAGACACUAUCCCACGACCUCUUCUUGAUCGUAUGGAAGUCAUUCAACUCUCUGGAUAUGUCGCAGACGAGAAAAUGGCUAUCGCAGAACGAUACCUCGCUCCUGCAGCAAAAGCGCUUGCAGGCUUGAAGGAGGCAAACAUUAACCUUAGCAAAGAUGCUAUUGAGGAGCUUAUCAAAUCAUAUUGCCGAGAAUCCGGAGUUCGUAAUCUCAAGAAGCAAAUUGAGAAGGUAUACCGUAAAGCAGCUCUCAAGAUCGUUCAAGAUAUUGGAGAAACAGAACUUCCUGAAGAGGACGCUUUGACCGAUGAAGGUAAAGCUGCUCUUGAGGAGUCGAAGAAAGACGAGACAGAUGUUAAGGAGACUUCUUCGAACAUAGAAAAUGAGACUACUGAAAAGCCACGCACCAGUCUUAAGGUACCAGACACAGUCGAGGUUGAUAUUGGUCGUGACAAUCUCAAGGAUUAUGUUGGUCCACCAAUUUUCACUUCAGAUCGCCUUUACGAGACUACACCUCCUGGUGUGGCAAUGGGUCUAGCAUGGACACAAAUGGGAGGAGCAGCACUUUAUGUAGAAUCCAUCCUCGAAUCUGCUCUCAAGAAAUCCUCACGACCUGGUCUCGCCACGACAGGAAACCUGAAAUCUGUGAUGCGAGAAUCUACCUCCAUUGCCUAUUCCUUCGCCAAAUCCGUCAUGGCCAGUAAAUUCCCCAAGAACGAAUUCUUCGACUUGGCAAAGGUGCAUUUACAUUGUCCUGAGGGAGCAGUGCCAAAGGAUGGACCGAGUGCGGGAAUUACCAUGGCUACUUCGCUGUUGUCUUUGGCUCUGAACAAGCCCCUGGAUCCUACUAUCGCUAUGACGGGUGAACUCACUGUUACGGGUAAAGUGUUGAGGAUCGGUGGUCUGAGAGAGAAGACUGUUGCUGCGAGGCGGGCGGGGUCGAAGAUGAUUAUCUUUCCGGAUGACAAUAUGUCGGAUUGGUUGGAACUUCCUGAGGUAAACAUUUACAUCCUGGCCUAAGUUGUUAUCACGCAUGAAUACUAACAAGUUUGCAAUAGAAUAUCAAAGAAGGUAUCGAAGGUCAUCCCGCGAAAUGGUAUUCCGACGUCUUUGACCUCGUCUUCCCUAAUCUGGACGUCGAGCAAGCAAACAACCAGUGGAAAGAUCAGCUGAAGAAAAAGAAGAAGGCUGAUAAGGAGAAGGACGAGGACUCCGAUGAUGAUUGAUUGACUCAUCGAGUGGGAUUUGCUGGACAAGCAAAUGAAAGGUGUGCGCUGUAUAGUACAUACUAGGAAUUACAACACUUCACCAUUCCUCGCUCCGUUCCUCUGUCCGUAACUAGUUCUUCUGCUUUAAUGCGGGUUUGCAAGUUGAGGGACGGUCGGGAUGAAUGGCGGGGAUGGUAUGGCGGUGUUUGUUGCGAUGAUGGAUGAGAGUUAUGAAUUGGAAUUAAUGAUUUGGGAGGGGCAUGGUAUGGUAUGGCAUGGUCGCUGGCGUUUUUUUCUUCUUUUCUUCUCCUUUCCAGAAUCUUCACUUUGUUUGGGCUCUGAAAUGGAUAGCAAUGGAAAGAAAAGAAAACUGAGUGGGGGCACCGAGCGAUAUAAAAAGAAUACUCUCCCCUCUUUUGUAGAAUACCUGGUUCUCAUCUAUCUACUCCCUGAAAUUGGGAAAUUAGAAGAAGAAAUAUGGAAUGAUUUGAAGAUUGAGAGUUGGUGGGUUUGUGGGUUUGCGUGAAAGUUGU